CACACCGCCACAGCGUGUCUUUCUCCUUUCAAACUUACCAUCCCGCGUCAGUGCAGCGGAAUAAAUGUCAACUGGUCAAUGUCUCUGAACUCAGUAGAGGAGAAGAACAAAGCCACUGACUCAAGGUGCACCGUGUUUACUUUGAGGUUAUAGAUAAACCAUCGCCAUUCCAUAUAUAUGCGGAGCGGAGCGGGACGGGAUAGGUGAGCGGAGUGCAGGACUUCAUUAGAAACAGGCUUUGGAUUCAUUUAAAAGUUUAAACGAUUUUAAACAUUGGGACGCUGCGAUAAUCGUCUCUUCCGCUGGAUUAAGGUUGCGUUUCUGGCGCGUGUCCUUUUGCGUAAAAACGCACGCACGAGCAUCGGCAGAUUUCAAGAGUGAAUUGAUUGAUAACAUAUCACAACCUGUGCGUCUUUCUGCGAGUGUUCACUUUCACACUCGAAAACCAACGGUCAAGAGUGUUUCUACAAAUGUGAAACCAUGAAAACUCGUGAUUGCAUCCGUCUCCAAAUGGCUAAAUGCAUUUAGACGAUCACUGGCACUUCAUCGAGUGUGGGAAUCAUCAAGAGAGGACAAUGUUGAUGAAGGAAUACAGGAUAUGUAUGCCACUCACUGUGGAAGAGUACAGGAUUGGUCAGCUGUAUAUGAUCAGCAAACACAGCCAUGAGCAAAGCGAGAGAGGAGAGGGCGUGGAGGUUGUGCAGAAUGAACCAUAUGAAGACCCCACAUACGGCACCGGCCAAUUCACAGAGAAGCGCAUUUAUUUGAACAACAAGCUGCCCAGCUGGGCCAGAGCUGUAGUGCCCAAAAUCUUCUAUGUGACCGAGAAAGCUUGGAAUUACUACCCCUACACCAUCACUGAGUAUACAUGUUCUUUCCUGCCAAAGUUUUCCAUCCACGUUGAGACAAAGUAUGAAGACAACAAAGGCAGCAAUGAUAAUAUCUUUGAUACAGUGCUCAGAGAUGAAGAAACAGAGGUGUGCUUUAUCGACAUUGCUAACGAUGAGAUACCAGAGCGCUACUACAAAGAGGCUGAGGACCCACGACUCUUUAAAUCAGAGAAGACAGAACGAGGUAUGCUGCAGGAGGGCUGGAGAGACACCCAGGACCCUAUCAUGUGCUCCUACAAGCUAGUGACAGUCAAGUUCGAGGUGUGGGGAUUGCAGACCCGUGUGGAGCAGUUUGUGCAAAAGGUGGUGAGGGACGUGUUGUUGCUGGGUCACAGACAGGCCUUCACCUGGGUUGAUGAGUGGAUUGACAUGACAAUGGAGGAAGUGAGAGAGUAUGAACGAGCCACUCAGGAAGCCACCAACAAGAAGCUGGGAACCUUUCCCCCGGCUAUUGCCAUCAACGAGUCGCCCCUUCCGGCCUGCACCCGCAGCGGCCCAUCCAGCGCUCCCUCUACACCCCUUUCCACAGAGGCCCCAGACUUCCUCUCUGUGCCUAAGGACAGACCCCGGAAGAAGUCUGCGCCAGAGGCCCUCACUCUACCAGACCCGGCAAGAAGAGACUCUGCCUUCCGCUUUCCCAAUCUCUUUUCUUGGGGUUCGAGCUCACCACAGCCUGAGUAAACCACAGUGCUGAGCCUCAGUUUUUUGAAAACACUCCCUGGUAAUGUGUCUUUUAGACAUGUGCUGAAUUAAUCUCUCUUUAAACAUUGAGAGAAAUGUUCAGUUUCCAAAACACAAACAGAGUGGCUUUCCAACCUGUGCAACCUCAUGUUUUACACUGGGUGUGUGGCCAAAACGUGCAUUUUGACUACCACAAAAAUUACAGCCUACUGUUAAUAAAAUCUCAGGAGUUGUCCCAUUGAUAAACCGUGCUGAAGCUUUAUUUUGAACUUUUAUUUUUCCUAAUGCAGAGCCAUUGAUGCGAAUGUUGAAUAUGGAGAAGGAUUUGUAGCCACUGUUGUUUUGUUGUAGUGAUGUAUUUAUUGGUCAUUUUUCAAUAUUUCAGUUGUGAUAUUAUGUUAACGUGACUAUCCUCAGGCCUCUGGAUUUCGUACUCAAAAAUAAUCAGCGUUUGGCAUGUACUGUAAACUUCUCAUCAUUUCUAGGAAUGGAGAAGUAAAUUUGAUAGCAGCCAUGUUCUUGUCUUGAACUUUGACCCAUCCCAUUCCCAAUCACUUUUAAAUGGAAAACCAGCAGAUAAUAAUUUUACUAACUCAGUACUUUUGCUUGGUCUGUACAUAGUUUCAUAUUCAAAAUAUAUUUGUUUGAGGAGCAUCUGCAGUGUAAGAUUAUUAAUGAAGUAUUCUGUUCUUUACAUGUUAACGUUUUGGUUUUAUGUGAUGCAUUAUUAUCCGUGAAUAUAAAAGAAGUCCUCAUUGAAUGCUUGAUAACUAGGUUGAUGUAUAUAAUCUGCGAGCUCUAAGGAAUGUUUGCUUCUGCUGGCUGCUGAAAGGCUCUUGUACACUUGCUGGUUCAUGCAUAUCUGCAUAUCUAUCAUUUUUCUAAAGGAUUCAGAGAUGCACAUGCCAAAUCUUGUGAAAUCAUGCUUUUAAUGUCAAUUACCAUUGUGAAAUUAAAG